UGGAAAGCCACAUGGCUCCAUAAUGGUCCAGCUGUACAAGAGAGAACUUGCAGCUCCGUGCUCUGCAAUCAGUUUCACGUAUUCCAAAAGCUCCUGCACAUGGGGCAGGGAGGGACAAGAGGCAAGGAGAAGGAGGCUGACUUGAGAUAGGAGAAAAAUCAGGAGUCCCCUUUAGGCAUCCGAACAAGUCUCAACUGUUCUUCUGCUUGUGUUGAGGCCGCACCAGGCGAGGCUGUCUCAGUAAGUUGGGGAGGGGGGAAAGCGUCUGCCGUCUUGAUACAGUUCUGCAGGGAUGCAGGACAGAAGCUGUUGAGCUCCACAGGUGUUGCGCCAUACUUUGUGUCACACGGGAGCCCGGCGGCGCGGGGCACUGCAGACACUGAUCCGGGAGCGUAGGCGGGAUAUGCUGCAGGUGGAGAGGUGAGGAGCAGCAGGUUGUAGCGCCAUCAACGGAGCAAAGGACCUCAGGUUGUAAAGAUGAGGUGUUGGAUUUUCACCUUGUUGCUGCUGCUGUCUCUCUUGCCAUACACUCAAGCUCAGGGCAGGUGUAAUAAUGUGCAAGCAGCGGACAUCGUUUUUCUGGUGGAUGGAUCUUCCAGUAUUGGGAAAGCUAACUUCCUGCAGGUGAAGGGCUUCAUAGCCGGAAUCAUCAAACCUUUUGCAAGCUCUGUCGGUGAGAGAGGAAUUCGCUUUGGUGCUAUACAGUACAGUGACACCUCCAGGGUGGAGUUCACCUUGACCACGUACCUAAAUGGCACGGAGCUAGUCAAGGCUGUGCAGAAUCUGAGCUACAAGGGUGGAAAUACACGCACAGGCGCUGGUCUCAAGUUUGUCGCUGAUAAUUUCUUCAAUCCCACAUACAGCCGGGACGUCCCGAAGAUCACUAUUUUGAUCACCGACGGGAAGUCGCAGGACAGCGUACAGGAACCAGCGCAGAAGCUGCGAAGUCUUGGGGUGCACGUCUUUGCAGUUGGUAUCAAGAGCGCAGACAGUGAGGAACUGUCUGAGAUUUCCUCCAAGCCUAGCAGCGAUUUUACCUCCUUCGUCGGCGACUUCAAACUACUCGACACUCUUCUUCCACUUGUGAGUCCCCGGGUGUGCUCCAAAGCAGGCGGAGUCUAUGCAAGCGACGAGGCGUAUUCCAGCCCAGGCAACAUUCAGUUCACAGGCGUGACGUCUGAUUCACUACGGUUCCGUUGGAAUUCUGCAGGCGGGCCCUUGAGGGGCUAUGUGGUUCAGUAUGUGCCCCUCUCUGGCCAGGGUCAACCCAUCACAGCAGAACUUCGGCAGGAGACACUGUCUGCCAGUCAGAGAAGCUUUACUGCACGAGCGCUAAGGUCUGGGACAGACUACCUAGUGACUGUCAUUGCUCAAUACCCCAACAGUGUUGGGGAAUCAGUUUCUGCUAAUCAACAAACCAGGUCCUUGCCUGGGAUCUCAGGCCUUCGCUUGAUCCAAGCAGGCUUCUUCAAUCUCUUUCUGGGCUGGGAUCAGCCUUCAUCUCCUGUCCAGGGAUACCAACUGACCUACGGACCACGAGGUCAGCCAUCUGGUGACGUAUUGGUGGAGUCUCUUGCUGCAGACUCCACAUCUGUCAACCUGGAGUCACUUCAACCCGACACGGAGUACGUCAUUAGUCUCUACCCUCUAUUCCCCCGAAACUCUGCGUCUCCAGCCACUCUCAAUGCCCGCACACUCCGCCUGGAGGCAGUGCAGCAGUUAUCAGUGGAGACGGAGUCAGAGAGCAGCGUUCGUGUGCUUUGGCGAGGCGCCAGCGGUGCGCUGGGCUACCGUCUGGCGUGGGGAACGGUCACAGGUCAAGAUGUCGAAACUGUGGAGCUGGCAGGAGACAGCGAGACAUACACUAUAGCCCAACUUCAGCCAGAUACCGAGUACAUCCUCACUGUGAUUCCUCUCUAUCAGGGCAAUGUUCAGGGACCCAGAGAAACUGCCAGAUUCAGUAUAGAGCGCCUGCUGCAACAAGUCCUCAAUGCAGCCAUCACCAGCCCCUCCUCCGUCCGCCUCACAUGGAGGAUCAUCCCGUCGUCUCAGGGGUACCGCCUCGAGUGGCGGGCGGGUGAAGGUGGCAGUGCCCAGACCUUGUCUUUACCCAGAAGCACCAGCAAAUACGAGCUUACUGGGCUUCAACCCAACACAGAAUACCUUAUCACCCUUUACACGCUGUUUGAAGGUCGUGAGGAGGCCACAUUGGUUUCCACCACAUCCCGAGAAGUGCAGCCAUUGGGGAGGGUGUCCAACCUGAGAGUCCUGGAGUCUUCAGGAAGUGCGGUCAGACUUAGCUGGACUGGUGUAUCUGGGGCCACACAGUACCGCAUCAUUAUCCAAAGCCCUGAGGUGGGAUUUCAAAAUGUUCAGAUUCUCCCUGGAAAUCAGACGACUCUUGACCUCCGAGACCUGAUCGUGGGAGUGUCCUACGAUGUGAGUGUCACAGCACUGGCAGGAUCCAAUGAAGGCGAGCCCGUCAGCGUCUUUGUCAGACCAGAGCAAGGCAUUGACAGAGUGUCAAACCUCAGAGUGGCGCAGGCAAACAGCCGGAGAAUUCGAAUAGCCUGGACAGGUGUCAGUGGAGCGACGGGUUACAGGAUUACAUGGAGACAAGGCAACACUGGUGAGCUGUCUCGCGAUGUGGGUCCAGAAGCCUCGGUCUUUACUAUAGAAGGCCUGCAGCCCGACGAGCCGCUGGUGUUCGGCGUGGCGGCCAUUGUGAACGGCCGCGUCGGGGAAGCCGUGACGCUGUCCUCUCGGACCAACCCGCACAGCGGGACGGUUUAUGGCCUUCGCAUAGUCGACGUCUCGCCUCAAAGGAUACGCAUAGAAUGGUCACCCACCUUAAGGGCGACUGGCUAUAAGAUCAGAUGGCGCAGUGACGGUGGAGUGGAAACAACUCGGAAUGUCGCAGCUGACGUCUCAUCCUUCACCAUCGACGGAGUCCAGCCCGACACUAGUUACAGCGUGUUUGUGUCUGCUCUGAGUGGCUCUCGAGAGGGAACUCCCGGGUCUCUCAGUGUCAGAACAGAACCCGAUCAGUCGUCUGUCGGGACAGUAACGUCGCUUCGAGUCCAAGAGAACCCGGGAGAGGUUGUCAGAGUGUCUUGGGUUGGCGUACGAGGAGCAACGGCCUAUCGGGUCUCGUGGAAAAGAACAGAUGGCGGCGAGGAGAUAAGUCAGCUGGUGGGUGGGGAUGUGACCGUCGUGGAUUUAGACCGACUGGAUCCUGGAGCCCAGUACGUGGUGAAGGUCAUGGCUUUAAUUCAGAACCGUGAAGGAACGCCAGUGUCUGUCCGAGUCACCACACCUGGAGCUCCUUCCCUCCCAAGCACACAAUUAAGAGUAGCAGAAGUUACACAGAAUUCUGUCCGGCUGAGUUGGCAACCCUUACCAGGCGUCCGAGGGUAUUUUGUGCGCUGGCGAAAGGAAACUGACCGGGGUCCAGGCUUAUCCGUCACACUGCCUGAUUCUUCCAGUUCUUACCAAGUGACAGGGCUUCGUCUGGGCCAUCUGUACCGCUUUAGUGUACAGCCCACUUUUGAAAGUGGACUGGGAAGAGAGAGCUUUGCCACUGAACGCACUGUGUGUCUCGGUGGACGUCUGGAUGUGGUCUUUCUCGUGCCUGCGUCUACUGAUCGGACUAACCUUGCCGGACCUCUGCGGGCUCUUCUCACAAGUGCAGUUGGUUCGUUCAACACGAUUGGAGUGCGUGACUCACAGGUGGGGGUUGUUGUGUAUGGUUAUAGACCUAAAAUCUGGUUCCAACUCAACCGGCACAGCAGAUUAGACACACUGCUCCAAGAAAUCCAGGCGACACCCUUCGGUGAAAGUCCCGGAAACAACAUUGGCCAGACCGUGAAUUUCGCCACACAGUAUCUUCUGGCCACCUCCGCUGGAAGGAGGCCGAGGGUCCCUGGGGUUGUUGUCAUCAUUGCUGACAAAAAAUCCACGGACAACCUCACGCUUGCAGCCUCGAGCCUGCGAGCUUCAGGCGUGACCGUGUUGGCAGUCGGUGUAGAUCAGGCAGAUACGGAAGAACUGCGGCGGGCGGUGACAGACGGCAGCACACAGAACAUUCUAUAUGUGCGCGAUGCCGCCCAGUUGGACACGCUGUAUACUGAUCUGGCAGACUUACUUUGCGGUAUUGCAAGAAUACCAGGGGGAAUCCCAGGUCCAGAACCGUGUGCUGCUCAGUGUCCACAGGGACAGAAAGGCGAUCGUGGAGAGAAGGGUGAGAGAGGCAGAGACGGCGCCGCUGGACGCCAAGGAGACCCUGGCCGGGAUGGUUUUCCCGGAAGAGAAGGUCCGAGGGGUCCUGAAGGCCGUCCAGGUCUACCAGGACCUUCCGUCCCUAUUGAACCUUCAGUGGGGGCAAAAGGCGAUAAGGGGGAAAGAGGUUUUCCCGGCAAUGAUGGAAAUCCAGGUCUACCGGGGCGACCAGGUCCCCCGGGAAAUACAGGACUUCCUGGUUCACAGGGUCUACCUGGUGUCAGAGGAAGCCAAGGUGAACCCGGUGUGACAGGGUCACAAGGACCAAAGGGAGAUAGAGGAGAAAGGGGAGAGCCAGGAUCUACAUCGGGAGGAGGUUUUCCAGGAAGGAAGGGAGAACCAGGCCUCCCGGGAAUACCUGGGACCCCCGGUCGGCCAGGCAGCGACGGUACUAAAGGGACCCCGGGACAACCGGGUCUACCAGGGCAGGAUGGUCGCCCAGGACUGCCAGGAACGGCAGGAUUUCCCAUCAAGGGAGACAAGGGCAGCCCCGGAGAGAGGGGACCUCCAGGAGUCGGCAGCGGGGUGGCCGUAGCUGGCGAGAAGGGCUCCCUGGGUUCUCCAGGACCUCCAGGAGUGCAAGGUCCUAGAGGGCUGUCUGGAUCACAGGGGGCCAAAGGAGACAAGGGUGACAGUGCCGUCGGGCUGCCCGGACUACCAGGCAGGGCGGGCGAUCCUGGUGACAGGGGUCCUCGCGGCCCCCCAGGAGAAAUUGGCAGUAAGGGCGACCGAGGCCAGCCGGGCGAGCCUGGAUCGCAGGGAGACCGGGGGGAAAGAGGACUUGUUGGUGAAACAGGAGAGAGAGGGGACGCAGGAAAGCCAGGAGCCCCAGGACCACCAGGGUUGAGGGGAUCCCCAGGGCCCAGUGGAGCGGCGGGAGAAAAGGGAAGUGAAGGAGUACGAGGCGAACCGGGGCGAAGUGUUCAAGGUCCCAUAGGAAAGAAAGGGGAACAGGGAGAGUCGGGGCUGCCUGGUUUUGAGGGGCCCAAAGGAACAAAGGGAGACCCAGGACCGAGAGGAGAGAAAGGUUCUCCAGGGUCAGGCUUGGGUACAAGUGGACCUAAAGGAGAACGAGGAGAAGCAGGAACCCCAGGUAUCAGUGGCAGGCCGGGUGUCAAGGGAGACCCGGGUGAGCCGGGAGAGAGGGGAGAGGACGGCCGGCCGGGAAUCCCAGGGAAACUUGGUCUUCCUGGGAAACAGGGAGAACGAGGGGAGAAGGGCGAUGAAGGCACCCCUGGGGAGUCGGGCCUUAACGGGAAGCCCGGAGAACGAGGAGUGAGGGGACUCACUGGUCAGCCAGGGCGCCCUGGAGAGAAAGGAGAUGUCGGAGAGCCAGGAGAGACUGGGCGAAAUGGCAACCCUGGACUCACAGGGCCCAGAGGAGAGAAGGGACUACAGGGACCUCAAGGACUUCCAGGGCCACCAGGGAGAGUGGCUGACAUUCAGGGCCAGUUUAAAGGCGAGAGAGGGGAGAAGGGCGACACAGGCAACCCAGGAGCGAACGGCAGCAACGGUCAGAAAGGUGAAGCCGGAGCUCCCGGAGCUGUAGGCCCGAGAGGUCCUGAGGGACAACGUGGGCCUGCAGGCUCCAGAGGUGACAGUGGAGAAAGAGGAACGCCUGGAGAGAAGGGAGAAAGGGGAGCCUCCGGAUUGGAUGGUCGUCCCGGUCUGGAUGGUAAACCGGGUGUUGCCGGACCACCUGGUCAGAGGGGUGAUCCUGGGAAAUCUGGCGACCCUGGAAGAGAUGGUUUGGCAGGACUUCGAGGUGAACAGGGUCUUCAAGGGCCUGUAGGCUCUCCAGGUGUUCCAGGGACACCCGGCAAAGCAGGAGAAGAUGGCAAACCUGGGCUUCCUGGCAAAAUGGGCGAGGAUGGUGUGCCAGGAGAGGAUGGGCGAAAGGGUGAAAGAGGAGAAGUGGGAGCUGCUGGACGAGAUGGCCGUGACGGGCAAAAAGGAGAGCGGGGUCUCACUGGGCCUGCGGGCCCUGCUGGACCCUCGGGACCUACCGGACUGCCUGGCAGCGUAGGUCCUCCUGGACAGGUUGUCUAUGUCAAAGGACUCGAAGCAGCAGCGAUCCCAGGCCCCCAAGGCCCCCCAGGAACACCUGGUGUACCUGGGAUUCCUGGAGCUGUGGGUGCUCGGGGUGAGCGAGGUCCACCUGGUCUGAAAGGCGAAACAGGGGACCCAGGAGAGGACGGAGCACCUGGCAAACCUGGAACGGCAGUGGAUGUGCAGAGGGCCCUGGCGAACUUCGGAAUUCAGGUGUCUGACCUGAAGGCGGUUGUGGACAGCAAAGACACCGCCGUGACUUCUCCAGUAGUGAGGGCAGAGAAAGGUGAAAAAGGAAACCGAGGGGAAGCGGGUCUCAGAGGAGCGCCUGGUGCAGACGGGUCACGUGGCUUUCCGGGGGACAGAGGGCCAAAGGGCGAACAAGGCGAGAGAGGUCCGAUAGGAACACCGGGCCCUCCGGGCAGAGCCAUUGGGGAGCUCGGGCCUGUGGGACCUCCGGGGACAGCGGGAGAGCCUGGAAAGCCAGGAAUUCCAGGGGUUCCGGGGCGGGCUGGAGAACUCGGAGAGGCUGGGAGACCGGGGGAGAAAGGUGAAAGAGGAGACAAAGGAGAUAGAGGUGAUACUGGUCAACUGGGACUUACGGGGCUGCCUGGUCCAGCGGGUCAAAAGGGUGAAUCUGCUGACUCAGUACUAAUUGGUGCACCUGGCACCAGAGGCCCUCCUGGUCUUGUGGGACCUAAAGGAGACUCUGGUGCUCCUGGGCCACCCGGAGCCAAAGGUGACCGGGGAUUUGAAGGACCUCGUGGGGAGAAAGGGUCCAGAGGCGAGUCUGGGGAGAAGGGACAUCAUGGUGCACAGGGAGUAGCAGGAGAACCUGGUAAACCCGGUCAGGAUGGUAAACCGGGUCCAAUGGGGCUGGCUGGUCCUCGAGGCCUCCCGGGAAACCCAGGAGAACCUGGCAUCAGGGGAUUAACUGGCUCCAUUGGUCCAAAUGGACUUCCUGGUCCACCAGGUAUGAAGGGUAGUCAAGGAGAAGCAGGUGUUGGUGUUCAGGGUCCUCCUGGUGCCCAAGGCAGCACAGGAUUGCCGGGAAACCCAGGCCCUCCAGGAGCUAUCGGUCCACAGGGGCCUCCGGGCUUGUCGGGGCAGCUUGGAGAAGCAGGAAAACCUGGGGUACCUGGAAGAGAUGGAGUAACUGGGAAAGAUGGGUUACCUGGAUUGCCAGGGAAGCAGGGCAUUGCUGGCCCCCCAGGUCAGCCAGGCUUUAAGGGAGAGCAGGGAGACAGCGGUCCUCCAGGGAAGGUUAUGGCAGGACUUCCUGGUGUCAAAGGAGAAAAGGGUACUCCAGGACAAACAUUGCCAGGAAUUCCAGGAGAACGAGGCCUACCUGGUGAAAAGGGUGGCCGGGGAGACAGAGGUGUUGCUGGCAUCAGGGGCGAACGAGGCGAGGUUGGUGAAAUGGGACCACCAGGAGAAAAUGGGAAGCCAGGUCUACCUGGCCCAAAAGGAGAUAAGGGAGAACGGGGCAUCGGAAUGUUAGGGCCCGCAGGUAAUGUUGGACCGCAGGGUUUAAAGGGAGAUCAAGGUCUACCUGGUCCAGCGGGACUUCCGGGGAUGCAGGGGAAGCCCGGGAACAGUGGGCCUCCUGGUCUGAGAGGAGAAAAUGGGGAACCAGGACCACCUGGGCCACCGGGAGAGAGGGGUCUCCAAGGAUUUCUGGGCCGUGUGGGAAAUACUGGACCUCCUGGUCCUGUUGGACCUCCUGGACAAGCUGGUUCUCCUGGUGUAGACGGGACCAAAGGAGACAAGGGUGAAACUGGACUUGGAGUGACAGGGCUGAGAGGAGAGAGAGGAGACCCGGGAACCAGAGGUGAAGAAGGUCGCCCGGGCUUGGAUGGAGAGCGGGGGCUAACGGGUCCGCCAGGGGUACGUGGCGCUCGCGGAGAGAAGGGAGAUAUUGGCCUGCAAGGGGACAAAGGAGAGAAGGGGGAUACCCUACUGAUUGGGGGACCUCCUGGAGAAAAGGGCAACGGAGGCGAAGAAGGAGACAGAGGGCCCAAAGGUGUGCAAGGGGAAAAAGGAGGAAAGGGUCAAGAGGGACCACCAGGGGAGCAGGGGAUGAGGGGAGAGCCCGGGGAACGAGGAUCUCCCGGAUUUCCUGGGGCUCGCGGUCCUGGUGGACAGAAGGGAGAAGCAGGCCAGGCCGGUGUGCCCGGUGAAGCGGGCUUGCCAGGAAAAGACGGACUGCUCGGGCGCAAAGGCGACAAAGGAGAGAUCGGCAUCGUCGGGAUGAGAGGAAUUAAGGGCGACCGGGGACCCAAAGGGCUUUGUGGAGGCGAUGGACCCAAAGGAGAGAAGGGAGACAAUGGCUUUCAUGGGCGACCUGGCCUACCAGGAAGAAAAGGAGAUCAGGGGGAUGUCGGCCCCUCUGGAGCUCCAGGGAUCCCAGGAAAAGAGGGUAUCGUCGGUCCCAAGGGGGACCGUGGCUUUGAUGGGGUCGAGGGCCCCAAAGGAACUCAGGGCGACAAAGGCGAAAGGGGGCCGCCCGGUGUCCCUGGCCCUCCUGGGCCCAGAGGAGCGGAUGGAGCACCUGGACUGACGGGCCCCCAGGGAACGGCUGGUGCGAAAGGUCCCGAAGGGCUCCAGGGACAGAAGGGCGAGAGAGGGCCUGCUGGUCCCGUCAUGGUGGGUCCACGUGGUAUUCCCGGGAUCCCAGGGGAACGUGGAGAAACGGGGGAGAUGGGCCCAGAUGGAGCCAAGGGAGAAAGAGGAGAGCCGGGCAUGACGGAGACCGAGGUCAGAGAGUAUGUACGCACGGAGAUGAGUCAGCACUGUGGUAAGCCUUGGAUGCAGUUUGCAUUGCUAAUUUUUAGGUGCGCUGUCUGUCCCCAAAUUGAACUUCGGCUAAGAUGGCCGCUUAUGACUCACUGACACAGCU